UAGAAACCCUCAUCUGUUUGCUAUAAUUUGCCGUAAUGUUUUGUUACACGGAUUAUGCUUAUUUCUCAUAAUUGCCAUUAACUUCUUUAUUAAAUAUAUAAUGUAAAAUGUUUUAAAAACACGUGUUUGUAUUUUAUAUUUAUUUCUAUAGCACAAGUCUUUGUUGAAUCUGUUGUUUUUAAUCGUGUAAGCAAAGAGUCGUUGCUAGGGCAGCUAGCCCGUUAGCAUGUCGAGUUUAAAUAAUUCUGUUUGCUAAAAUAUACGCAGGUUUUGUCGGCGGGAGAACAUGCGUGAAAUAUACUUUUGGUUUAUGUAAAAAUGUUAUCUAUAAUAUUCCGUGACACAAGGGCUCUCUGUUAGCCACAUAGCUAGUUGCUCACUGUGUUUACGGACGACUCAGACAUAUCCCUAACGUAACGUGAAUUCUAGAGAUAUUUCAUCUCCUCCGUCGGACGAGGUUUGGGAAUAAGUGCAAUAUGGACACGAAUGUUCAGAAGAGGCGAGAAAACAAGAAGUCGUUACGGGUUAAGGUCAUUAGUCUGGGAAAUGCAGAGGUGGGGAAGAGCUGCAUUAUUAAACGUUACUGUGAGAAGCGGUUUGUGCCCAAGUAUCUAGCCACUAUUGGAAUAGAUUAUGGUGUAACCAAGGUUCAGGUUCGAGACAGGGAGAUAAAAGUAAACAUUUUUGAUAUGGCUGGACAUCCUUUCUUUUAUGAGGUCCGCAAUGAGUUUUAUAAGGACUCUCAAGGGGUGAUUCUGGUCUAUGAUGUUGGUCUGAAAGAGAGCUUUGAUGCUCUGGACAGCUGGCUCACAGAGAUGAAGCAGGAAAUGGGCUCACAGGCCAACAUGGAGAACAUCAUCUUUGUCGUAUGUGCCAACAAGGUUGACCUGACGAAAAGGCGAGUGGUGGAUGAGAGUGAGGGGAGACUUUGGGCUGAGAGCAGAGGUUUUCAUUAUUUUGAAACUUCUGCCCAAAGCGGUGAAGGCAUCAAUGAAAUGUUUCAGGCUUUUUUCUCAUCCAUAACUGACAUGUGUGAAAAUGGAGGGAAGAGACCCACUCCAGAGGUCAAUGUAGGUUUUACUAAAGAGCAGGCUGACACCAUCCGACGCAUCCGCAACAGCAAAGACAGCUGGGAUAUGCUGGGGGUUAAACCUGGGGCCACAAGGGAGGAAGUCAACAAAGCGUACAGGAAGUUGGCAGUGCUUUUGCACCCGGACAAGUGUGUGGCCCCAGGCAGCGAGGACGCCUUUAAAGCAGUGGUUAACGCUCGCACGUCCCUGCUCAAGAAUAUCAAUUGAUCAGCUUCACAUUGCCAUUAGUUGGAGUUGGAGAGUUACCUCGCAUUUGCAGAGUUCCCUUCUCAGUGAAGAUUAUGCUUAAGACACAUGGAGAAGCCUCUGGACUCCAGCAAAGACUUAGAAACAGCUGAGUUUGACAUACAGCUUUGACACGGUCACCACAGCUGUCCUGUUUAUAAUGUAAUAUACAUGUUGAUGUCAAAAGUUGUUGUAGGGAAACGUUUUUGUCAGGCCUCAGGCCAGAUCAUGUGCACGUCACAUCGUCUUGGAGUAUGAGGAUGACAUUGGUGGACCCUUCCUUUUUUCCAAUCUGUCCUGUGACUGUUGUGCUGCUUUGCUCUCAUAGAUGUGGUGGUAAAAGACCACUUAUUUACCAACUGAUUGUGAGUCAGACUUAGCAUUUUAAUGCUGUUGUUUAAUUCCGACGCACCUCACAGGGAUGCCACGACCUACAUGGGUUAUCCCCAGUUUUUUCCUCCGCUUCACCUUAGCUCACUCCAAAGAGGAGGAAAAGCAUGAGAAGAACAUGUAACUUGUUCAAUACCUUUGCAUCAGUGCAAUAUAACAGUACAUUUUUGUUAAAAUAGAUAGAUAAAUGCAUAAAUAAAUAAAAAGUCAUUUUUAUGUUAGUCUGCUAAGAUUAAACACUAGAUUCUACUCUCUAGAAUGUCACGUCUUUUGAAGAGAAUCAAAUUUCAAGAGAUAGUAUAUACAUUAACCUGUUAAAUUAACAUGCAAUUUGUUCAUUUCAAAUAAGUUAUAUACUUGGUAUAUAUAUAUAGUUGUUUUUUUUUAAUGGACUUAAACGUACACUACUAUUCAAAAGUUUGGAGUAAGUAAGAUAUUUUUUGGAUUUUUAAAAAAAAUAUUUUUAUUGAUUAAAAGUUCAAAGACAAUUACAUUGUUACAAAUGAUUUUUGUUUUUAAUACAUGCUGUUCUUUUAAAAAUGUUCAUGAAUUAAAGAAUCCUGAAAAAGACGUAUCAUGGUCUCCACAAAAAUAUUAAGCAACUGUUUUUAACGUUGUUAAUAAUAAAUGUUUGUUGAGCACCAAAUUAGUAUAUAAUAGAAUGAUUUCUGAAGGAUCAUGUGACACUGAAGAUUGGAUUAAUGGCUGCUGAAAAUUCAGCUUUGCCAUUACAGGAAGAAAUUACACUUUAUAAUAUAAUGUAAUAUAACAUAACAUAACAUAACUAGGGCUGUCAUGAUUCCUCAAUUCAAUUCGACUAAUCUUUUAAAAAAAAAAUAAAAUACUUGAUUGCAUUUACCCCGUGUUGAGUAACCGGCAAAAUACCGAAAGUGGCACAUUCCAAGGACGAGAAUCCAUGAACCGGGUUAAUAGACCGUUUUCCUAGGCUGCAUGAUAUAUAAAAUAAUAAAUUAUAAUACAGUUGUGAAUUCAAAAACACUACAAUUCAGUUAAAUAAAUAUAUGCAAUGCAUGUUUAAUAUAUGCACUUUAAGUAUUCAUAUGUGUGUAGACCUCGGAGCGACUCAGCAAAU